AUGAAACUUUUUAUAAUUUUAAUCUUUUUGUUAUUCAAUACAAUAUUUUGGAGUUUAAUUAAUUGUGUGGAAAAUGAGAAAAAUUUAAAUGAAGGGACUAGUUCUAUGAGUAAAGAAGUUCUAGAGAAAUCAAACGAAAUGGCCGAAUCGUCUGUUAAUCCUCAAAGUCAGAAAUAUAAAGAAAUGUUAAAACCUAAGUUUAAAAUUAAUAAAAAUACAAAAAAGGACAUAAAUGGAAAUGAAUUGGGAAGAAAAUUAAGAAAAGCUGAAUCCGAUCGAAAAUAUUACCGUAAAAAUAAGCAAAAGAUUAAUGAAAAUAAUCGAAUUUAUUAUAAAAAGAAUGAAGUAAAGAGGCGAGAAUAUGCAAACAAAUAUUAUCAAAAGAACAAAGAAAAGAAGCGAGAAUAUGAUCGAAAGAAGUACAUUAAAAAUAAGGAUAAGAUGAAGGAAAAUAUGAGAAAAUAUCGUCAAAAAAAGAAAAAUGAGAAAGAAAUUCUUCAAAAAGAAUUAACAAUUCAAUCUGUUAAUCAAGAAGGGACUUCUUUUGUUCAUCCACAGAAUAAUAAUUGUGAAGGUAAAGGAAAAGAGUCUUGUGAGGAAGAGAGUCUUCAACUGGAAGAGGCGCCUCAUGAGGAUGGGACGCCUCAUGAGGAAGAGAGUCUUCAUUUGGAAGGGACUGAGAAAAAUAAUAAGGAAGAAGAAAAUCCAUUUAGAGACAUUGAUUUGAAUCUGCCAGUUAAUGGGAUAGAUUUAAAUAAGAAGUUACAAUUUGAUCUGAACAAAGAGCCUGAGGGUUGUGAUGAGAUAUGA